AUGUCCCCCUCAAACCGCAUCCAUGUGUUAUGUGGAAGGGCCUUCAAACGACCUCAAGAUCUGAAAAAGCACGAAAAGCUACAUGCCGAUGGUAGCAUAGACUCGUCUGACUCGCUUCGAGCGAACCGGCCUAUCGCUCAACCCAAACGUACUCGAAAGGAUGGAACUUAUCGAGGUGCUAACGGCCUCACACCGCCACCUGCCAUGUACGAAUCAUCUGCCUCUCCUUAUAGUACAGGGCUCUCGUCGAAUGGAACUCCAGAACAUCUUGAUUUACCAGAUCUAUCUCCAUACCCAAGCUCGUCAUCUCAUUCUCCAGCUCCAUCUGACGACUUGAUGCACACAAAUAAUGCACGUUGGUUUGCUGAACCAACCCAACUUGGUGAUUCGUUGAAACGUUCAUAUACUAUGGACGAUUUCGUAACAGAUAUACAAAGGAAGCGGUUGACAAACUACAAUGAUGCAACGGCCGAUGCACUUGAUCGUCUGGCUAUAUUCUUACAACAGGAUUCGAUGCCAGUUAUGCAGCAGUUUGAUCCUCAGGUCUUAGAUGGAACCGAUGACUUUUUGACUCAACUCAUGACUGAAAUUGGCUCUGACGAAUUCUGGAACAUAACACCUGAUCAAUCAUUACAACAGCAACCUAUAACGAAACCACAAUCACAACCACCUAUACUACCAGCCAUAAACACUCGACCACAAUCAACAGAAAUCCUAUAUGACGACUUCUUAAACUUCAACCCCGUCACUCCAACUGAUACUGUAGCCAGUGUAGCACAGAAGUAUGCUUUAUUAGAACAGCAAGUGCAAAAUCAGCAGGUCCAAAUCAACAUGCAAAAUCAAAUGCUACGACAACAGUACACGAUGCAACCACUACAAGCCGCAGCUCCUAUUAUCAUCUUCCAGCCCAUCGUGUAUGCAUCAGGACCCGCACCAUCAUCAUCUAGUAGUAAUACUCCUAUGCCAUCAGUAACGAUGCAAGUCAAUAGCCUAUCGUCAGAUGCUCGAGUCACUCAGUCUAUGGUGCCUGGAGCUGUAUUCCAACACAUGGCGCCAUCAUUCAGCUCAAAGGACCGCGAUAGUAGUAGGAAAGCUAGUGAGAAGGUGUUACCAGUCACUAAACAGGUGGAAGCUCUACAGAAGCCAUUGGAAGAAUUGAAGCUAAACGAGGCUAAGGAACUAACUACUCAGAGAGCUACACGUCCUAUACCUAGUAAAGAUAUGCGAGCUAAACAUGAACAAGUUGUUGCUAAACUAUUGGAACAAGUUAGGAAGGCUAAAGCUGCUCAAAGCCAUAAAUCAUAA